AGACCACUGUGAGCUAAUCUUAAACAAAGGCCACCAACUACCGAUAUCUCCCAAACAUAUUGGGAGUUUUCACACAAAAGAUUCUACCAAACCAAACAGUAGAAAAGGACCAAACAAUCGUUGAAGAAGAGACCGACGAAAACCCUAACCCUAAUUCUCACUCCUACUUCGUCUUCUACCUUCGUAUCUGCAAGAAUGGAAGCCAUUGGAGUGCUGAUGGCGUGCCAGAUGUCACCGUACCUCGAGCAAGAGCUCGAAAAGCGAUUCAAUCUCUUCCGAUUCUGGAAUUUCCAGCAGAAGAAGGAGUUCUUGAAAGAGAAUUCCAAUUCGAUUCGCGCGAUUGUGGGUAAUGCCACGGCCGGUGCCGAUGCUGAGUUGAUCGACUCGCUGCCGCGUCUGGAGAUCGUGGCGAGUUACAGUGUGGGGUUGGAUAAGAUCGAUUUGGGGUAUUGUAAGGAGAAGGGGAUUAGGGUUACCAACACGCCGGACGUGUUGACGGAGGACGUGGCUGACUUGGCAAUCGGAUUGAUUUUGACGGUGCUGAGGCGAAUUUGCGAGUGUGAUCGGUAUGUGAGGAGUGGGUCGUGGAAGAAAGGGGACUUCAAGUUGACUACAAAGUUCAGUGGCAAAACAGUAGGCAUUAUUGGACUCGGCAGAAUUGGCACAGCAAUUGCUAAGAGAGCCGAAGCAUUUGACUGUCCAAUCAGUUACUACUCCAGAUCGGCGAAACCAGAUUCAAAAUACAAGUACUACACAAAUGUAAUUGACUUGGCCUCCAACUGCAAUAUCCUGAUUGUUGCCUGCCCUCUAACUGCUGAAACUCGUCAUAUCAUCAACCGUGAAGUGAUUGAUGCAUUGGGUCCAAAGGGUGUCCUCAUCAACAUCGGGAGAGGCCCUCACGUUGAUGAACCAGAGCUGGUAUCUGCUCUGGUUGAAGGCCGGUUGGGUGGAGCUGGACUUGAUGUGUAUGAACAUGAGCCUGAAGUACCUGAGCAGCUAUUUGGGCUUGAUAAUGUGGUCCUCUUGCCUCAUGUAGGAAGCGGCACGGUGGAAACCCGCCAGGCCAUGGCUGACCUUGUCAUUGGGAAUCUGGAAGCUCACUUCCUGAAGAAACCACUGUUAACACCAGUGGUUUAAUAUUGUUACGAAGGUACAAGAAUGUCUGAAUGGUUGGAGGCUUCAUCUUGCUUUUGUAAUUCUUAUCUUCUCUCAAAUGUAGGGAUCAUUGUUUCCAGAGCCUUGACAAAUAUGUACUGGUAAAAGAAAAACAUCUUAUUAUCCUCUUGUAUUUCUCUUUCAAGACAUAUUUUCGUAGUAUCUUA